GUGCAGAGAAGUUGUGCUACUUUCCGGCGAGCCAGCCAGCCAGCCAGCGCGCGCCAGCAACUGCCCGCCGCGCGCGCGAGUAUUUGUGUCGAUAUUUGACAGGUUGUGACCGGCAGAGGUGUGUGUGUGUGCGUUCCUUCCUGUUUUAUUGUUUCGUCUCCCGGUACACACACACACGCACACAUCGCGUCAUGGUAGGCCUAGCACGAUAGCAUGAGGUGCUGCCACAGUGCACAGUGUGCGUUCGCGGUUCGUGGUGUGCGAGGAGCAGCAACAGCAGCAGCAGGAGCAGCCAGUGUCCCGAACACACACGCGUACGAACGAACGGCGUUGGCAGCGGCUAGUUAGGCGGCGGAAUGCGCAACCCCCUCCCCGUGCCGGUGCCAUCUUCGAUUCCCUUCGCCUUCCGCACCAUCACCGGCACCGCUGGCACCACACCACCACCACCACCACCACCACCUUUCGGUGCAGGCCCUUGAGUGCAGGUGAAUGCAAACAGACGAUACGCGAUGCCGUACCGCGAGUGUGAAGUGAUGGAGAAGGUGGACUUGGUGGUGGCCCAAACCAAACGUCACAGUCGUCGUCGUCGCAGUCGUCGUCAUCGUGUUAAACCAGUCAAGGUGCUGCUGGCGCUGCUACUCGUGCUGCAAUUAUACCGUUGCGAAGCCGUGGCCGGCCAAGAGCUGUCAACGCAUCUACAGCAGCAGCAGCAGCAGCAGCAGCAGUCCUUUCAGCAGCUGCGCACCUCCAGUCGUACCCGGAGUGCGACGGUGAGCGACUUAGCCGGCGUAGCGGGUAGUCCGGGUCACCGGGUCACGUCACCGAUGGCCGCCGGUCAGCAGCAACACGACCAGCUAUCGGUCGCUAUGAACGAUGUCGAGUGUCCGAGUUUCGCCGAAAACUCCGCCUGUCCGUGCUACAAGUAUGAGGACGGCAUCUUUCUCGAGUGUCCGGGCAUCACGUUCGGGGCGCUCCGCCAUACGCUGCAGAUCAUCGGUUCCCCGAUCCAGUCGCUGUCGGUGUACGACUUUGACCGGACGGUCAAAUCGCUGUCGGCCGAGCUGUUCGGUGGUACGAGCACGGUCGGCAACCCACAGUCCGGUCCGGUGAUGCUGGAUCCGUCCACGCUCGGUGGUGGUGGCGGUGGUGGUGGUGGUGGUGCGUUCACGUCGUCGUCGUCCUUUACCGCGAACGUCACCAUUCGCCACCUACAGUUUUCGCAUUCGAGCCUGAAGCAGCUGCGGCAGGACAGUUUGCUGCCGCUGCGCGCUCACCUCAAGAGUCUGCGCAUCGCGAACGGCAAGCUGGACGAGGUACCGACCAAGUCGAUCUCCGACCUGAAGAAGCUGAUGGUGCUGGACUUUGAGUCGAACGAGAUCAAAUCGAUCAACGAGUACGCGUUCUACGGGCUUCACCUGGUCAAGAUCAACCUAAAAGGCAACCAGAUCGGGCGCGUCCCACUGAAUGGGUUCGCCGGGCUCGAGGAUACACUGACCGAGCUCGACCUGUCCGAGAAUCGGUUACGCCUGUUUCCGACCCUCGCACUGCGCCGCCUGGAGAACCUCCGGCUGGUCCGGCUCGCCUCGAACGAGAUCAGUGCGCUCGAGCUGGACGAUAGCUAUACGCGGUUCGGGGCGCUCACCUUUCUCGAUCUCAGCCAGAAUGCGCUGGUCGAGCUGUAUGCGGACUUUUUCGGCGCCUUUCCCGCCCUCCGGACGCUCUCGCUCUACGGCAACGACAUCGAGUCGGUGCACCGGGAUGCGCUCGUCUCGCUGAAGGAGCUCCAAUCGCUCGACCUCAGCCAAAAUCGGCUUACCGAGCUGCACCCGGAUCUGUUCGCGGCCAACCGGCGUCUCCAUACGGUCGAUCUGAGCCGCAAUCACAUCCACUACGUAAGCGGCCUGUUCGCCAACCUGCCCCUGCUGCGCGAAAUCUUCGUCAACGAGAACAACGUGCUCGAGCUGACGGAGGAUUGCUUCGCGAACUCGUCCAGCUUGAAGGUGAUCUACCUCGAGCACAACGCGAUCCAGCGGCUCGAUGGCCGCACGCUAGCGACACUGACCGGGCUCGAGCAGCUCUUCCUUAGCCACAAUCUGAUCCGUCGGGUACCGGGCGCGUUCUUCGAGUCGACGCCCGGGCUCCUCUCGAUCGCGCUCGACGACAACGAGAUCGACGAGCUGGAUGGGCGCGUGUUCCGGCGGCUCGGCCGGCUCCGCGAGGCCCGGCUCAACGGGAACCGGCUGCAGGUGAUCGAGGAGCGGCUGUUUGCCGCCACCGAGGAGCUGAUGGAGCUGCACCUUCAGAACAACCGGCUGGCCGUGAUUGAACGUGGCGCGUUCCAGGCCUGCCAGCAGCUUCAGUACAUUAACCUGCAGGACAACGCGCUGGAGGAGAUCGAAACGAUCUUCGCCGAGGGGGCCGCCCUCGGUCCGGCGUCGCUCGGCGCUUCGACCACCGGCAGUCUCAGCCAGCUGUCACCGCUGAUGGCGGUCACGACGUA